CUAUCUCUCUUUCUUGCUCAUAAAAUUCUCUAGUUUUUGUACUGUCUCUCUUCCUUUUAUUUUUAUUAUUUUUCUUCUUUUCCAUCUUCUUCUUCUUCAUCCCGUCGAAUUCCGGCCACCAACGGCUAGAUCUCUGAAAUUCCGGUCACCCACCGCCUGCUCCACCUAGAUCCGGCCAUCCCCGGUGAAUUUCAGCCGAAUCCCGCCGCCAAUAGCCACCAACGAAGUGUUUUAGAUGAAAACCGGGUGAUUGACCGGUUUCCGGGUUAGCCGGUUUUCACCGGUCGAACCGGUUUUUUGUGAUUUGGCCCGGGUUUUGACUUUUCCGGUUUUAGGCAUCAGAUCGGCCCAUUUUUGUUGCGGGUCGCGGUCGGACCGGCCGGUCCGGUCCGGUCCUAAUAUCAUUGCUAAAAACUCAAUUACUGCAAAUCUUCGAAAAUUCCAGUGGUUUCGCACGAAUCGAAUUCUUUUCCAGGGUUUGUAAAUUCCGAUCCCUCCUACUUGAUUAGUUUUCCAUUACACGAUCGACGACGACUGAGUCCUUUCCGGAAGUCAUGUUCAAAAAUUUCUGGGGCUCCCAGGAGCAGCAAGGUCAGCCCACAGAAUCAUGGUAUCCGCCUUCGGUUGUGAAUUCGCCUAGCUCGUCUCGCCCCACAACACCUGGUUCCAACAACUUAUCAAGACCGACCGAUCGAGCAAGCUCUUUAUCAAAUGUUUCGCCUGCAGAAGCAGCCGGAAUUAUUGCUGUUUUGAAAGAUAAGAGUGUUGAUGAUCUGAGGAAGCUUCUGUCGGACAAGGAUGCUUAUCAGAAUCUCUUACUUUCACUCGAACCUGUUAAAACUCAAAACAGGGUCAGAGACGAACUUAGGAACGAAACACUGCAGCUUGUUAGAGAAAAUGUGGACAAAGAACCAUGCAUAAUGGAGCUAAGGAAUCAGUGCAGAAUCAUUCGAACUACAGAGCUGGCAACUGCUCAAGAAAAAUUGCAUGAAUUAGAGAGGAAAAAAGAAGAUACUCUUAAGUAUUACUCACCCUCAUCUCUCCUCGUUCGACUUCAAGAUGCAAUGAAUAAAACAGAUGAGGAAUCGGAGACGCUGCACAGGCAGCUUCUUGAUGGAGAGAUUGAUCUUCCAGCGUUUGUACAGAAAUACAAGAAGAUGCGUUAUACGUACCAUAAACGCGCUCUCAUACAUCUUGCUGCAAAGACAACUGUAACUGGCUGAACCAUGGUAUGCCGUAAAACUAUAUGUGAUUUUGGAAGUUAUACUGCUUGUGUAAAAUAGUUUGUACUGUGACAAUAUUGUGUUUUCUCUCCUCUCUUUGUUUUCGGUUUCAUCUUGUUUUGUAUUUCGACUUCGAACGGUUUUAUUAAGGAUACCAAACAUCAAAUUAAGUCCAACUAUUUAAUUAA